AGAUUAUUUCCGGAAACUACUUAGAAGCCAUUAUUUUGAGUUUGGCAGAAAAACAACAAAUUUAUACACUUCCUGUAUCUUCUUGAAUAAAGAUGAAUAAGUGAAACUGUAUGUUGGCUGGAUAUACGGUUUCCUUUGGGGCAAUGUGGUUAGGAUGACUUUUUGAUUUGGCGUGGAAGAGAGAGAGUAAACAUGAAUAAAAUCGCGAACGUUGUGUAUUCAGGAUGGAUGGUGAAGUCCCCUCCGGAGAAGAAAUUUCGCCUGACUGGGGCGUGGAAAAUUUUCCGAGCUUUCUCUCCUGAUGUGAUGGAUACCACACGAUGGAAGAAGAGGUUCUUCGUUUUGUUCAAACCAGAGGGUAGUCUGCCUCACCAGUACGUUUUAAACUACUACAGCGAUGAAAACUGUAAACGACUGAAGGGAGUUAUUGACCUUGAACACUGUGAACAAAUCAUUGAAUCUCUCGACCUUGAACUUUACCCUUUUCUUCUUGCAAUCAAGACCUUCCACAAGAAUAAAGAGAGAACAUAUUUCCUGGCAACGGACACCGAGGAACAAAUGACCACGUGGGUGCGGAAUUUGUGUAGUGUGUGUGGAUUAAAGCCGGAAGAAAAUCCGACAACGGAUGACAUCCCCCCACCUGUCACAGAGAAUCCUAGAACCAGUUUCUCCAGUUCUCCAGACAACCCACAACCAAAACCAGUAUUGGCGGUCGCCCCUAUCACCACACAACCGACAAUACCAGAGUCCAUGGUGAGACAGGACUCCCUGGAGGACUAUAUCCCUCUGUCAAACUGCAGCUCAGGGAAAAAACGAACCCCAAACCGACAAGACAGUGUGGACAGUAUUCCAGACGAACAUGCCCCACCCCCGCCAGUCAAGGAGGGUCACACUGAUAUAGACAAUGAUGUGUUUCACCCCUCAACAUAUGAUACGCCAAAACGCUUAGAAAGAGUGAUAGACAGUAUAUACAAGGUUCCCCCACCUAGAGUUAUUACCCCUGAUCAGAACAAUGCUCAGGACACUUACGAUGUUCCUCCCCCCACACAUCACAGCCCUAGUUCCCCCCGCUCCAGCAGUAGUGACAGUCAAAAGGUAGACUCUGCGUACUCCUCACAAACUGGUCUCCCCUCCUACGAUUACCCUCCACAUAGUGGGGACCAGCUAGGACAUGAUGAUGUGUAUGAUGUUCCGCCUUCAAAUCAUCCAAGUGUUCCAGGAAUGGGAGAUGUUCCCCCUAGACCCCCACCCCCCAAAUCGUACAAUCAAGAACCAUACCAAAACCUCCCCAACAACAGUCGCAUUUCAAACUUUGAUCUGGACAAAGUGGUGCCAACUUCAGCUAUGGAUAAACAUUGCUCUAUCGGAUCUUAUGAUAUCCCCCCACCCAAACUUACAUACUAUGAAAGACCCAAAGGUACCAUUGCAAAUGGGGAUGUAAAAGGUGUUUCCCCUAAUAGUGUUCCCCCUCCGCCACAGAGGUGUUCAGCAGGUGUGUCUCACAGCUACAUAAAUGCGGGGAAAGGAUAUGUGCAACCCCGUGUGGAUGGUGAAAACAAUUAUCUCCCAAUGGAGGGAAACAAGUCACGGAAUAAUUCAGAUAGUGUAUACCACGAUAUGUCUGGAGGUCAUGACCCCUAUCUGGAUAUGACCCCAGGUCAUCACGAGGUGUAUGAUAAGCCCCCAGCAAGACCCCCAAGGGUGUCUCCUAGACCAUCCACAAAUCAAGAACAAGACACUUACUCUAUAUUUAGCACCUCUCGAACCCGGAGCUUUAAACGUCACCCAAGUUCCAGUAGCUCACAGGGCACGCUAGAGAAAAGGUCAAACCAGACAGCCCCUCCCCUGCCCUCCCCAUUGAGGAUUCACCCGGAUAUGGAGACCAGCUCCGAGGAGGAUGAGGAUUAUCUGGUGGACCCCAAACAGGUCAUGAUGCCCUACUAUUGCUCAGAACAGAGAUCCAAAGGCUGGGAGGAUAUUCCUCCUGCCCCCAAACAAGACUCCGAGCUCAAGUACUUAGACCUCGCCCUGGACAAUCCUUACAAUGACCACGAGACCCACAGACUAAACGCCCCUCCCCCAGGGCAGAGUACACCCACAGAGUACAAGGAGAUUGAUUUUGUGAAGACAAUAGGGCUACAGGAACUGAAGUCUAAAGUACAGAAUGACAGAAAACAUGAUGAAGCUUGAGGUUGGGCAGUUAGGCAUACACAAGGGGUCCGAUGUGUGGUAAGGUUACCACCAGCCAAGCAGGGAACAUGGUUAUUUUCUCAUUCCUAGCCAAGGACAAGUUUGUUAUUGUUUGAGGUUUAUCUCAUUGUGCAAUCUGAUUUGUGAUCAGAAAGUUACUUCUUAAGGAGAAGGAAUUUUUUGCAAGUUUUUUAAAAAAAUUAAAUGGAUGAAGAAAAUGCUAUUUUGUCAUAAGUCUAAAAACCUCAUUGAAUCUUCUGAAAAAGACUAGGAAAAAUCUUGUAGAAUGUUUAUAAUAUAGAAAUAUACUGGAAGUAAUUCCCUUUAUGUCUUUGUUGACUAUGUAAAGUCGUAAAAAAUGUUGAUUAUAUGAAGAUAUACUGGGAGUAAUUCCUUUUAUGUUGAUUAUAUAUAAUGGUUGUCAUAUGGCCUUCGGAAAGUAGACAAUUUAUAAACAUUGAAUUCACAGUAACGUCUGUCUCUAUGUUUGUAAGAGGUCCAUUACCAUAAUUAAUUCAUUAGUACAUUCAUUUCUAAUUAUUUCCCAAGUGUCAAAUAGUCAAAAUGACCAAAAAUCAAACUGCCGACUUUACAAGUGUAGGACCAGAUUAAUAUUAACAAUUCAAAUGUGUUAUCUUUUUCGAAAAUCAUUAGUUUUUUUUCCCCUUUAAUUUUAAUGU